AUGCGAAAAGACAGAUGGAAAUUUAUCAAAAACCACGGCUUAUGCUAUUGUUGUUUACUGGUUCGUCAUAAUAGAAACGUUUGUCCUGUGCCUGUGUGCGAUGUAAACAACUGCGGCUUAUCACACCACCGAUUACUUCAUUGGACGAAGCCGAACGCGUCAACAGCUGAGCAGCAGCGACAGGGUAUCCAGCCGCCACCACCGCAGUCGCUGACCGCUUGCGAUGACGCAACGGUGGCUCACAUUGCAUCCAGUGACGUCGCGCAAUCCGCUAGUGAGGUGUUAUUGAAAAUAGUACCAGUGCAACUGUAUGGACCUAACGGUAUACAUAACACGUAUGCUUUAUUAGAUGACGCCGCAUCAGUGUCAAUGAUCGAUUCUGAGUUAGCUAACACCUUAGGACUGACAAGUGAAGAUAAUUACUUUCUUAUCACUCCAGUCGAAAUAAGGCACGGAAACAGAAAUGCGCCGUAUGCAACUAAAUGUCGAUUGGGAUGGUCCAUUCAUGGCUACUGUGGUCGCACUCACUCGCUCACUCAGUUGUUGUUACGAAAAUUUAGCACUGAUAGCGAUUACGCCGCUAGAUAUAAAAUAGAAAUGGCUAGAUUAUUUGAAAAUAAUUACGCACGAGAACUUAGCGAUAAAGAGCUAAAAGAUGAUUUUUCUCAUGUAUGGUACCUGGCUCAUUUUGGUGUUCAAAAUCCAAAUAAACCAGGAAAGUUAAGGUUAGUUUUUGAUGAAGCCGGUCGGGUGGAUAAUAUUUGUUUAAAUGAUUAUUUGAUUACUGGUCCCGAUUUAUACAAUUCAUUAUUUGGUAUUAUGUUAAGAUUUAGAGAGAAUAAAAUAGCGAUUAUUGCAGAUAUUAAAGAUAUGUUUUUACGUAUUAAAGUUAGAAAGGAGGACCAGAAUGUAUGUCGCUUUUUAUGGCAAGAAUCAACUGAUUCACCUAUUAAACACUGCGUAAUGCAAAGUUUAAUUUUCGGUGCAACUUGUUCACCUUUCAUUGCUCAAUUUAUAAAGAACAAGAAUGCAUUAAAAUACGAAGAUUCGUUUCCCGACGCUGUAAAAAUUAUUCUCAAUAAUCAUUAUAUGGACGAUUGUCUUUAUACUGUAAAUAAUGAGCAAAUGGCAAUAAAGUUAGUGCACGAAAUAACGUCUAUUCAUAAUAGCGGAGGUUUCGAGAUAAGAGGAUGGGCGAGCAAUAGCAAACCGGUUUUAGAAAAUAUACCGAACGACUCGCACGCGCGCUCCGCUGUUCAAUUCAAAGACGGAGCUACGCACACAAUUUACGAUAUACAUGGUUUCUUGUCUCCUUUUAUUAUUAAAAGUAAAAUAUUAUUACAAGAUGUGCAUCGAAGUGGGGUGGACUGGCAGUGUCAGAUCCGUCCUAUUGAGAACGAUCGUUGGUUGAAAUGGUUAGAUGAAUUGAAGUGUCUUAGCGCGCUGCGCGUGCCGCGUUGUUAUGACAACGCAGAUGGUUAGGUAAAAGUUUGUUUUGUGGUCAGUAAGAGUAGGGUGACUCCACUUCGUCCUAUAUCCGUACCAAGACUAGAAUUACAGGGAGCGUAUGGUACGUUCGGUAAAGUCCGCGUUGAAAGUUAUUCUGAAAGAACGAGCACCACACCAAGAAACUCUCAUAACUUUGAUGGACGAAGUUGA